AUGCCCUUCAACGCCGAGACCGUCUCCAACCUUCAAGAGUCAGUCAACAACGCCUGUGUUGAUGCCAAAAACGAUAUUCCAGGUGUCGCAGUUGUAGUCGUCGGCAAGGAUGGAAGCGAGUUGUUCACUCACUCAGCCGGUAAACGGGGCUUGGUCUCGAAUGAGCCAAUGACCCUCGAAACUAUCUUUUGGAUCGCAUCAUGCACCAAGAUGCUCACUGGUUUUGCUUGCAUGCAGCUCGUAGAGCAGGGAGUCUUGAAGCUUGAUGAUGGCGACCAUCUUGAGGAUAUCCUUUCUGAGCUCAAGACUGUCAAGGUCUUGCGUGAGGACGGGACUCUUGAGGACAAGAAGAACAAAAUCACGCUUCGAAUGCUACUGAGCCAUACCUCUGGAUUCGGCUAUACCUUUUCCCAUGAACGUCUCAGGAACUGGUCGUUUCCAGCCGGGCUAGACGAGUUCUCUGGGCGGAGUGAAGAUGUCCUCUCUACUCCGUUAUUAUUCCAACCAGGAACAGCUUGGGAAUACGGUACUGGCAUUGAUUGGGCUGGACUGGCCGUCGAACGAGUGAGUGGACUCAAUCUUGAUGCAUAUAUGCAGAAGCACAUCUUGCAGCCUCUAGGCAUCAAAGAUAUGUCCAUGUUCCCCACCAAGGAUAUGCGAAAUAGGCUUGCCUAUAUGCACAGUCGAACCCCAGAUGGUACAAUCAGAUCUCGAGACCAUCUCCAUAGACUGCCGCUGGUCAUUGACCCAGACAACGAGUCCGAGGCUCGCCGAGUGUUUAACAGCGGCGGCGCGGGCAUGUUUGCGAAGCCUCAAGAGUAUUGCAAGGUACUAGCAGUGCUAUUGAACGAUGGCACUUGCCCGCGGACAGGAACCAAGUUGCUACGCAAAGAGACAGUGGAUGAGAUGUUCCGUAACCAGGUCCCCCAGUUUCCGAAUCUCGGUCGGCAAAUAUUCUUCGAUGCCAAACCAGACCUGACCAACAUUGUUUAUGACUUCUAUCCAGUGCCUGGGAAUCCACCGCAGGGCUGGGGCCUGACCUUCAUGAAGUCUAACGGCGGCAGCACCGGCAGAUCCAAGGAAGUAGCUCACUGGGCCGGAUUGGCAAACUGUUGGUGGUGGUGCGACCGUGAAAAGGGUGUGGCUGGGAUAUUGUGCACUCAGAUCCUCCCAUUUGCCGAUGGCAAAGUGUUAGGAUUGUGGGCUGACGUGGAGACGCAAGUAUACGCAGCUCUGAAGUGA